AUGUCCGAUCCGUAUCGACUCGAAUGUGGAGUCAGGCAGGGGGGGUUAACAUCUCCAACACUUUUUAACCUCUACAUGGAUGACCUGAUCGUCGCGCUCAGCAGACAGCAUGUCGAUUGUCAUGUUGAUGGAGUAUGCGUAAAUAAUAUAAGUUAUGCGGACGACAUGGUACUGCUGAGUGCGUCAAUCAGUGGAAUGAGACAGCUGGCUAUCGGAACAAAAUGCCCCCCGAAUAGCCCACCCGUGCUUCUCUCUGGUGUACCCUUAAAAAUGGUGGAGCAAUUUAAGUAUUUAGGCCAUAUAGCUACUACUUGUCUCAAGGAUGAUGCAGACAUUGAGAGGGAGCGGAGGGCACUGUCAGUUAGAGCUCGAAGCUUAUGGGCUGACUACACAAAGAAAAGAUACAGUGACCUCCGUGUCCUCUACAAUAAUGCAUUCAGGAUACUGUUGGGGCUGCCCCGAUGCUGCAGCGCCUCAGGCAUGUUUGCAGAUGCAAUAACCGACUGCUUCCACACCACCAUGCGUAAGCGAUGCGCAUCUUUUGUGCGUAGAGUAAGGGGCAGCCAAAACAGUGUGCUGAAGAUGAUCGCGGAGCGUUUUGACUGCUUCUACCUCCGGCAUUGCUGCGAUAAACACCUUGCGAUACAAAUGCCGGAGCGAAAGCUUUAA